AUGAUGACGAAUAAUUCUCCUACGACCAUAACGUGCAAAGAAGGGUCUCCGCUCAGACCAUGCAAUGAUGAUUUAGAGGUUGGAAACACAAAAGUCAAUGAGGUCACAAACAAUGGAUAUUUCGGGAGACAGUAUCAAAAAGUACCCGAUGUACGGAUUACAUCACCUGCAGACGAACGACCAUCCAAGAGCAAGUUUCGUGUCCGUGACGUUAGCCCUAUACAAGUGCCUAGACAUAAAACGAGCUCUACGUGUUAUCGGAUAUUGGUACCUGAAACAAACACGGAAAAACUAGUACUUUUCGUUUGUCUUACAGUGUUUUUCACCUUACUCGUCUCGUUGGUGUAUUUUUUCGUGAAAAUAGAAUGCACAUUUGGAGCUAAAGAUCAAAAAUGUAAAAGUAACUGGUUCUCAAACAAUGAACCCAACAUAUGUAUGAAAGAAGAAUGCGUUAAAACAGCUGCUUCAUUAUUGUCAGCAAUGGAUCCAACUGCAGAUCCGUGUGACGAUUUUUAUCAAUAUGCUUGUGGUACGUGGGAUAAAAGGCAUUUAAUUCCUGAAGAUAAAAGCAGUAUCAACACAUUUGAAGUCCUUGCUGAUCGAUUACAAGUUAUUUUAAAAGGUCUUCUGGAAGAAUCAGUAAAUCGACUUGACAGCUCAGCAACAAUUAAAGCAAAGCUAUUUUAUAAAUCAUGCAUGAAUAUUACUCAAAUCAGACAUAUUGGAGACAUGCCUAUCCGCGAGCUUUUAAAAUCAGUUGGAGGCUGGCCGGUGAUCGAUUCAAAUUGGCGACCACCUGAUUACAGUAUUGAAGUCUUACUUGGUCGAUUGAAAAAAGAAUUCAAUGAAGGAAUCAUAAUUGAACCAUGGGUUGGGCCAGAUGAUAAAAACUCUUCUGUAAACAUCCUUCAGUUGGAUCAAAUGCAACUGGGACUACCAAGCAGAGAUUAUUUCUUAAAAGACAGUAGCGCUGAAGCACUACAAGCCUAUCAUAAAUAUAUGUCUGAAGUAGCCGUGUUAUUAGGGGCAAAUAAGUCAACAGCACCUUUUGAACUAUUAAAAAUUAUUGAAUUUGAAAUUGAAAUAGCGAAUAUUACACAAACGGAAACCGAUAGGCAUGACACGACUGGCACAUAUUUAAAACUUCCACUAAAAGAUUUACAAAAACAUGUUCCAGAAUUUGAUUGGCAAUUAUAUUUGAAAACUAUUUUGCAAAUUAAACUUUCUGACCAGGAACCUGUAGUGAGUUAUGCAAUGUCAUACUUUACACAACUCGGUCAUCUAUUAAAAAAAACUGACAGGAGGGUUAUUCACAAUUACAUUAUCUGGAGACUAGUUCAAAGCACUGUACUCCCACAUAUGAUUGAUGAUUUUCAGUACAAAAGAUUAAACUUUAAGAAAAUACUUUUAGGAAUUCUCAAUGAACGGAGUAGGUGGAGAGAUUGUGUUGAUUGGACCAACAAGCGACUUGGAAUGGCGGUUGGUGCUCUAUUUAUAAGAGAUAAUUUCAGCUUGGAGAGUAAAGUGACUGCUAUGGAUAUGAUAGAAUCAAUUAGAGAAGCAUUCAAUGAACUUCUAAACGAAAACCAUUGGAUGGACGAACAAACAAGAAUAGUGGCCAAAGCAAAGGCUGAUGCUAUGAAAGAACGAAUUGGAUACCCAGAAGUGUUAACAGAUCCGGACGAGUUGGAAAAAGAAUAUAUAAUGUUAAAUGUCACCGAAAAUCAGUUUAUUCUUAACGUGUUCAAUGUGCUAAAAUUCGACGCUUACCAAAAUUUAGAAAGACUAAGAAAACCAGUUGACAAAGAUAAAUGGUCAACAGAACCUGCAGUGGUUAAUGCAUUUUAUAAUCCGAAUAAAAAUCAUAUUGUCAUUCCUGCUGGUAUUCUUCAACCUUUAUUUUAUAGUCAACAUUUUCCUAAAUCCUUAAAUUACGGUGGGAUCGGCGUAGUAAUCGGUCACGAGAUCACUCAUGGAUUCGACGAUAAAGGUCGGCAGUUUGAUAAAAAUGGUAAUAUGAUCGAGUGGUGGGAUUCUAAAACAAUAUAUACGUUCAGGGAAAAAGCUCAGUGUAUGGUGGAUCAGUAUUCAAAGUACAAAAUGCAAGAAGUAAAUUUACACGUUAAUGGACGCAUGACUCAGGGCGAAAACAUAGCGGAUAACGGUGGACUUAAACAGUCAUUUCGGGCCUAUAAGAAAUGGGUGACCAAACAUGGAGAAGAACCAUUACUUCCUGGUAUUGACAUGACACACGACCAACUGUUCUUUUUAAAUUACGCGCAAAUCUGGUGUGGUUCAAUGCGACCAGAAGACGCUCUGACAAAAGUCAGAUCCUCCGUGCACUCGCCGGGGCCCACAAGAGUUUGGGGUCCCUUGUCGAAUUCCGAUGAUUUCGCCAAAGCAUAUGAAUGUCCGUCUGGAUCUCGAAUGAAUCCCGUCGAUAAAUGCAUCGUUUGGUAG